AUGUCAGAAUCAGCAGACCUGACUUGCAAACCUCCGACUACUGUCACUUUUUCUUUUACAGCCCCCUUUCCUGCAGUAUCCUCCUCUAUUUCAUCAGCAUCAUCAACCUCUUCCGCGCUUAAGCAAAGGCGCGUGUCGCUUGCGCUUCCGUCCUCCCCCAGGCUUGUACCAGCGUGGAAUUUCCGUGACGACACCGGCCUCACUUCGCAUGUUGCUGAAACCUCUGCACCAAUGCCAGAACGUAAGGGAAAGAUGCGCAAGAUCGCUGGUGAUGGCGACUACCGUGAAUCAAUUGGCUCUUUUAUAACCCAACAGAAGAAACCACGCAAGAAAUGGUCCGAAGAAGAGACCCAAAUGCUCGUCGAGGGUUGCAACACGUGGGGCGUCGGCAAUUGGAAGGCCAUAUUGAAAGAUCCGAAACUGACUUUUGACAACCGCUCGCCUGUUGACCUCAAAGACAGAUUCCGCACUUACUUUCCUGACGCGUACAAGGAGCACUACCCCAAUGCGAAGACCCAUCUGUCCAGUAAAAUUCGGUCAACUCUCCCAGAUGGACGCUCCAUUUUUGAGAAGACGCGUAGUAAGAAGCGUCGUCCGUUUACUGAGGAAGAGGACCGCGCUCUCAAGGCUGGCUAUGAGAAGCACGGUACUGUAUGGGCAACGAUAGUCAAAGACCCCGUCUUCCAGGAACAGAAUCGACGCUCAACUGACCUCCGUGACCGUUUCCGCAACGCGUUCCCUGAGCUGUAUCAAGCAGCGGGCUAUAAGCCACGGAACGCGCCUAAAAAGCGGAGAGAGUGUGUCCAGCCACUUCCCAUUCGCUCAGCAACUGAUGAUCAGUUGACUGCGCACAGCAGCCACAUAGGUCCUGCCCGCAAGAAGCGCGUGCAGUCAAGGCAGGGUAUGUUCAGAGGUGGGACGAAGAGCGUCCCAGAGAGCGCAACAUGCUCUGAAGAUGACGACAGCUCAGGUGGUGAGGAGGAGGGCGGCACCAGGCUGUUUAGAUGCCCACCUAUUAUGCACGACAUCUCUCAGCCUGAUGAUACGUCUUCGCCAGACGGACUUGCGGAGAUGGACAUGGAGACAAUAGACCCCUUGUCCGAGCCACUAUCCAUUCCCGAUUUCAUGCCUAGUGCAUCGCAGUCUCUCUCAGAGCUCACGGACUCCUCUCAGUCACAGACUUGGUCCAGCAUAGAGACACCUCUCAACUCCGCGACGUGGUCCGCGACCACCGCUUCUCCGACAUCAUCACAUAUUUCUUCUGAUUAUCUGCUCGGUCAUUCUCUCUUUGAUCGUCGCUUGAACACUAUUGGAAAGUCACCUUGGGGUCCGCACGACUGGUUUUCUGCCAACCCGCGGCUCGAUACGUCUGCUUUCUCCAGUAGUGGGUCAUCAUUUGCCGACGGGUUGUCUCCUGCACCAUCAUCUCCAUUUUCCUUUCAUAACCUCAACCACGGCGUCGUCGAUCGUUACGACCUCUUUCCGAGUUCCUUUCCAAGCGACUUCACUUCUGAUGUCGGCGUUGGAGAUUCACAUUCCACAUUUUCGGACCAUGAGAUGUUUGCGUCGAGCAGUUUCAGGGGAUUCACACAUCACUCCAACUAUGCCGGUGACCUCAUCUUUGGCGCACGGACACAUCAACCCCAGCAGUCAUACUAUGGCCCCGGAUUCGGGUUUGGUACAUCUGGCCUUGGACUCUCAGGGAUGCAGCAAGCUACCGGCCUACAUCCUCUCCAGAUCCACACCCCUGCACUGCCAGGUAUUGACGAGAUCGAGCUGGCGUCGAUCACGCUCAAUGACCAAGCGGAGAUUUCGGGCGAUGCCGCUCAGACCACUGGUGAGAUUGGAGUGCAGAAAGAUGGUUCAGAGGCGUCUUUAGGUCUCUCUGCCCUCGAAAUAUAUACCAUGUCGCAGCAGAACAUGGAUGAUAUCGUCGACUUGACGCAUUCCACUCCCCCUGCAACACCCAUUACCUCGACUCGGCCUCUACGAGGUCAUCCCCACAUGCACGCAUCGUCUCAUCAUGGUCGGUCUAUCUCAGUUCCCCCAUCCGAACACCGGUAUAUGUCUACCCACAUGUCGCAGAGUCAUGGUGCGUCUCAACCACAGAUCACGAGUACUCGCUCGCUCCCUUUCUUCGACACUGUUCCGCUCUCACAUCCUUCUGAUCUGGCAUCUAUGCAUGCACCGUCUUCGUUAUCAUCAGGGGCAGAGUUGUGGCGACCCUCAAACCCUACUGACUUCCACGGUGUUCCCUACCUUGAUUUGCACUAUUUCAAUAGCCAUGCUACUGAUGGACAUGAUGCUAACCCCAUGACCAUCGACACUUCGCGUCAAGGGCAAGCGUUAGACCUUGCUCGUUCACAUCCUUCUCAGAAGUCGGCUCCUCCGGUACCGUACUCCACAGUCUCUCAGGAACUUCAGACGGCGCAGGCGCUUCUGACAGGCACCACCGUACGUCAGUCACACACGAUGCACCACCGCGGGACGAGCUUUGUCUCCCCGCAGGAUCUGCACUUCCGCAAAGUGAGCGAUAACAAGCGGAAGAGGGCGAGCUGGGAUGGCGGGGUCUUCUAG